AUGUCUCAGCAGGCCACUCAGAUCCGGUCCCUCUACCGCCGCCUCUUGCGCGAACUCCCAUCAACCCCCCAAUUGACACGCACCCAACACCAAAAACUCUCCGCUCCAUCACACCUCCAACAGCGCAUACGCUCCACAUUAUCAACAGCAACUCCCACCACAACAACGCCGCAGAGCCAAAUACAGCAAGCAGAGCAAUUCAUUCAAUAUGUGCAAGCGCAACGGACACACUCGACGUUACUGGAGAGAUAUAAUCCGGGUAUGGGCAUGACCGAAGAAGAAAGGGUGCGGCUGAGUGCACGGAGGGUGGGAAUGAAUCUGCCUGUUGAGUUUGAAGACGGUGAAUCCAAGGAGUGA